AGUCGGUGCCCAGCCGCGCCCACGGGCCUGACCGGAGCGGUUAGCUUUGGAUCGAGCGCGGGCAGCGGACCGACGCCGAGUGCGAGCUUCACACGGACGUUGGCGGAUCGCCACGCGCACAGGACUGCCCGCACCAACUUCUGCUUUAAAAAUCCGGGGUGCGGCCCGAGCACCGGGAAUUUGAAACGUAUCAGCCAAAACAUGUCUUCCUACGUGACAGCAACAAAGGAAUUGCUUGUUUUCUUAGGAAAAUCGCUUCUUGGUGUCCUGGAGGCUCUGAUUUUUACUCUCAUUCCAAAGCCACGAAAGAACGUUGCUGGUGAGACUGUCCUCAUAACAGGGGCAGGCAGUGGGCUCGGGAGGCUCCUGGCCCUGCAGUUCGCGCGCCUGGGCUCUGCGCUUGUACUCUGGGACAUCAACGCAGAAGCCAACGAGGAAACGCGCCGGCUGGCUCAGGAAGCCGGCGCCACACGGGUGCAUGCCUACACCUGUGACUGCAGCCAGAAGGAGGAGGUCUACAGAGUGGCUGAUCAGGUGAAAAAAGAAGUUGGAGAUGUUUCCAUCCUGAUCAACAACGCUGGAAUUGUAACGGGCAGGAAGUUCCUGGACUGCCCAGAUGACCUCAUAGAGAAGUCAAUUGACGUGAAUUUUAAAGCACAUUUAUGGACUUAUAAAGCCUUUUUACCUGCCAUGAUCGCUAAGAACCAUGGACAUUUGGUGUGCAUUUCGAGCUCAGCUGGAUUGGUUGGAGUAAACGGGCUUGCAGACUACUGUGCCACCAAGUUUGCAGCCAACGGGUUUGCUGAAGCCAUGUUCAUAGAAGCAGUCGCCCAGAAGCAAAAGGGAAUCAAAACUACAAUUGUGUGUCCAUUUUUUAUAAAAACCGGAAUGUUUGAGGGUUGUGCUACCAGUAGCCCAACUCUGUUGCCAAUUCUGGAACCGGAAUAUGUAGUCAGGAAAAUAGUGGAUGCUAUUCGGCAGGACCAGCUGUUCCUGUACAUGCCGAAGAUUCUAUAUUUCAUCAUGGUCUUAAAAAGCAUCCUGCCCGUGAAGACAGGACUGCUUUUGGCUGAGUACAUGGGUGUCUUCAAGGUAAUGGAUGGCUUCGCAGGGCAGAAGAAGAAAGCCUGAAGGCCAGCUCUGUGGCUGGUGCCGUCCACACCCCA